UCAAAAUAUUUUUCACAUCUCCGAUCAUUGUCGUCGCGAAAAAAUGGUGGACGUGGGACGUGGCUGGUGAUUCAAGAGCAAAGUUUCAGUGAUUAUGAUGGUGAUCUCAAAUCAAAUUAGAAAACCUUUGUAGUGACUAGGAUUGUAUUCGGGUAGUGCAUUGUUCAGAAGUACUUUUUACCGCAAUAGUGUUGGCUAGAAGCGCGGGUGUUCGAUUUCAGGAAGGGACGGUGAAAGUUUUGCACGAUAGUUGGCAAAGAUCCGCAGUGCUGGUGGUCGGAACGGAAUAAGACAGUCAUAAUGUCGGAAGUGGUGCCCUCGGGGAAAGCAGGGCUGCCUGCGGCGAACGUUGCCACAGCAUCCGGGGCAGUCGCUGCUCAAACUGAACCAGACAUGAAAGGCUGGCUACUAAAGUGGACAAAUUACCUCAAGGGAUACCAGAAGCGAUGGUUUGUUCUGUCCAAAGGGGUACUUUCCUAUUACAGGGCUGAACACGGAGCCGGAGCGAAUGCAGGGGGCAGGAGUGCCGGGGGCAAAUUAUCUAUCCGACGCCGCAGGAAAGGCCCCCGAGCGGAGAGCAAAGGAUCCAUGAUGCAAUGUAUUCGAGCGCCUCGCUCACCCACUAGACUGAAUACCCCACCUGAUAUGAAAAAAGAUAGGAAGAAACACAAAAAAAAUCAAGCAGAGAUGACACACACCUGUCGCGGUACUAUAUCCCUCCACGGAGCACUAAUCCAUACAGUGGAUUCCUGUACUUUUGUGAUAUCGAAUGGUGGAACGCAAACGUUUCAUAUUAAAGCUGCCAACGAGGUAGAACGGCAAUCCUGGGUAACAGCCCUGGAGCUCGCCAAAGCGAAAGCAAUACGAGCCAUGGAAAGUGACGAAGAAGAGGAAGACACAGCAGCCAACACGAUACCUAGUGAAGAACUCAACUUAGUAGUAAGAGAGUUGACAUUUAGAUUAGAAAAUCUGAAAACUUGCUAUGAUCUGAUAACCAAGCAUGGAGCAACAUUGCAACGUGCAUUAUCGGAGCUGGAAUCCGGUGACGAUCUAGCGAAUAAGACGAAGAUAGUCAGUGAACGAGCAACAUUGUUCCGAAUAUCCUCCAAUGCCAUGAUCAAUGCUUGCUCCGAUUACCUACAAACGGCGCAAACUCAGGGCCAUAAAUGGUCGAAAAUGUUACAGCACGAACGUGACCAGAAAUUACAUCUGGAAGAAAUGGUCGAGCAAUUAGCAAGGCAGCACUCACAUUUGGAACAAGCAGCGCAUCGCCACAGGCCAAAUGCAACAGCUUCAGCAUCUGAUGACGAAGACAACGAGUUCUACGAUGCACAAGAGGAAGGUGGCUCUGUCGCUUCACAGGAAGAUAGUUCAUUUAUAUUGAAAAUUCCGGUCGCUCAUCACCGACGUAACUCCAACGACGCUACGGGUAGCUCCUCAGAGGGCGAAGAAGGCAAUAGUGAAACACAGCAAGUAUUAGUAGUCACCGAUAAUCUAGACAAUAUGGACAUGACGGAUAGAAUAUCUGUUAACAGUAGUCAAGCACUAACACCAACCCUUUCAAACAACAAUCAAUCCACGAAGGUGGCCCGAAGACGACGAACGCGGGUUCCCGAUAAGCCCAACUAUCCGCUAAAUUUGUGGUCAAUCAUCAAGAACUGCAUCGGCAAGGAUUUGUCCAAAAUUCCUAUACCGGUGAACUUCAACGAACCUCUGUCGAUGCUUCAAAGAUUAACCGAAGACUUUGAGUAUUCGGAAAUUUUGGACAAAGCCGCACAGUGCAAAGACACUUGCGAGCAGCUAGCAUAUGUGACGGCAUUUACUAUUUCGAGCUAUUCAACCACUAGUAAUCGCACCGGUAAACCAUUUAAUCCACUUCUCGGCGAAACGUACGAAUGCGACCGGACAGAUGAUCUGGGCUGGAGGUGUAUUAAUGAACAGGUUUCUCAUCAUCCACCUAUGGCGGCACAGUACUGCGAGGGUCGUGGAUGGAGAUGUUGGCAAGAGUUCACGAUGACCUCCAAAUUUCGUGGCAAAUAUAUUCAGAUAGUUCCGCUUGGUUACGCACAUGUAGAGUUUCCUGCCACAGGCAACAAGUUCACGUGGCGUAAGGUGACCACUACGGUGCACAACAUCAUCGUUGGAAAGCUCUGGGUCGAUAACCACGGCGAUAUGGAGAUCUAUGGCGAGAAGUCUGCCAAGGGAGUGAAGUGUCACUUGAAAUACCUUCCGUACUCGUAUUUCACGAGGGACACGCAGCGCCGCGUCAAAGGCGUUGUGAUGGACAAUUCCAACCAGGUCAAAUGGGUGAUAAAUGGUACCUGGGACAGCAAGAUUGAAAUUGCACCCGUAACGUCCACUAGUGGUUCUGCCGAAAACCCCGUCUACAAGACGGGCAACUACAAAACGGCCUGGAGUCGGCGGCUACCGCCAACUGAUUGUGAUAAAUACUACAACUUUACGAUACUUGCCUGCCAGUUGAACGAACCCGAGCCUAACGUUGCACCUACCGAUUCGCGCCUUCGACCCGAUCAGCGACUGAUGGAGGACGGCAAAUGGAACGAAAGUAAUGGGGAAAAACUAAGACUGGAGGAGAAGCAGCGAGCACGAAGACGCGAACGGGAAGCCGAAGCCGAGAAAGCUGCAGCCGAAGGUCGUCCCUACCCGCCAUACGAACCGGUGUGGUUCAGCAAACAGCAAGACGAGGGCACGGAUAGCCUGGUGCACGUUUUUAAGGGAACCUACUGGGACGCCAAGACGAAGCAGGAUUGGUCCAAGUGUCCCGACAUUUUCUAAAGAGUUGUGUAGUCGUUUACACCGUUUUUUGUUUGUUUCGGUUAUGUAAUUUGUGAAAAACUUUGCUUUAUAGAUAGUAUAAGAAUGCGUCAGCGUGAAAGGAGCGACUGGAUGCACCAAAACGGAUGGUUUUAUUUGCAAUAUAUUGCUGUUCAUAAUUUAAUAAAAAAAAAGUAGUGAAACAAAAUACUAAGGUGUAACUUUACUGGACUAAUUGUUCAUUGCAACUUUUGAAGAAUAAAUACUGUAACUGUAUGUUCUUCUUUAGUUCAUGUUUUGUUGGCUUUACCAAAUACUAUUACUGUUAUAACAACAAUCAAUUAUUACUACAAAACAAAUGCCAGAUUAGGAAUAUCAGCGCAAAUAUUUAACGAAAGAUAUAUUGAGCGGAAGCAUUCGAGAAGCAUUGAAGGAUAGAAGACCAUGAUAUGAUAGCAUUCAAAUGAUAAUUGUGACUCUCUCUUUGAGAAAUAAACUACAAAUUUUGGGAAACCUUUACCUAAGCACUACAUAUUACUAUUGCUAGCAAAAUACAUUAUUACUAUUAUACAAAUCGUGGACUACGAAUAGAUUGGUAAUUGCGUCAUAAAUAAAAUAAAUAAAUCUUAAAUUUUAAAAUGGUGCAUAGUUUAUCUCGUAGACAAGGGUCUUGGUUCGGUUCAAAAAGGUGAUUAAGGUCGUCCGAUUGCUUUAUGUUCUCCUAAACUUUUGCGCUGCUUACUCACAAAAUUAAUCGUUAAUCUCCUGCUGUUUCGGUUGUAAAGCAAAACAAAACAAUGAAUGUCAAAUUCCAUGUAAGCAAAGAUUUCCAACCACAUAUACUAAUAGCAAUCCGUCAUCGAUACACAAGUCUCUCAGAUAACUUUGCGAAGGGUUAACACGAAAACCAACAUUUGAAGGCAAACAGACUAGAAAAAUAUUCAAGACAAAAGUUACUUGACAAAAAGGGACACUAACUAUAGAUAACACGAAUAAAAUAAACACUUUCUGACUAAUAAAAUGUGAACUUUACGAAAUAGCAGGUUAAACAAUAUUCGAAUGCAAAACAUACAAAUAUACAGAAACUU